CUCAUGUUUUCAAUAAAAUUUGGAAUAAUAUUUCUUUUAAUUACUCUUUCAAUAUGGUAUUCACUUGGUGUCAAGAAAGGUCAUAAGAAAAAAUUCGCUAGGAGGAAUGAAAUUUCAAAAGUUGAAGAAAUAAAUGACUAUACUGGAAACAAGUGGAAGGCAAAAUUCUAUUCGCAAUUGGCUGACAAAAAACAGCUUAGAAAAUUACUAUUUGGCACGAAUUUAAAUAUUGCGACAUGCGAGAUAGAAAAGGAAAAUCAGACAAUCGAAGGACCUUCAACUCGAACUCGACGAGACGUAGCUUAUUCUGAGGAUAUUCCGAGUUCAUUUCUUGUCGCUGAAAAAUGGCCUGAAUGUAAAGAAAUAUUUCAACAUGCAAUUGAGAAUGGUGAGUGUUCUAGUUGUUGGGCUAUUGCAGCCGCAGACUCGAUUAGCUCAAGGAUUUGUAUACGCAAAGUUAAUACUUUUCGCGAAAAAAUCAGAAGAUGGUCUGAGCAAACUGAUAUAAUCUCAAAAGAAGCAAAAUUCCUGUGGGAUUUUGGUAAUUUGCUUGGAAAUUUGAAUGAUGAUCUUACUAGCUUGAGAACUUUGUCUUCUAAUUUUGUCGAUGAAGAGGAAUCUAUGCGUGAAGCAUGGACAAUACUAUUAAUGCUCGAAUGGGUGAAAGACCAGAAAUAUACAUUUAACUCCAUAAAGGAAAAGGUUGAUGCACUUGAAGAAUUUUUCAAAUGGAUCGAGAAUAAAAACUUGCUGUUUUAUAGAGCAAUGGAUAAUGAAGAUAAAAAAGAUUGGAUCACUUUAUAUUGGUGUCAGUUUAUUGAACGAAAACAGGACGACAAUGAUAAGGAGCAACAAUCAAUGGACGUUGAAAUGCCAGAACCAUCAUUGAUUGAGGAGUGCCUUCGACGUGAAUCAGGUAGAUGGAACAAGGAGGCUUCAACUUCCGAGAAUAUUCAUAAUUAUGAUUGGAGUUUUGCAAUGAGGAAGAUUUUCAUGUCAAAGUUGAAUAAUUCUGCUAACAUUGUAUCAGCAAUCGACUUAUUUACAUGCUCCGAUAAUAACAUUAAAAAAUGUAAUUAUCAAGGAAGUCCAGCAGAAGCGUUCGCUCAUUCUAUCGAAAAGGGAAUUCGAAGCGGAACAAAUUCAGAUAUUAAGUCAGGCUGCAAGCCUUAUCCAAAAUCUUAUAUGCUAAAAAGUAGUAAAACCAUGAAAUGUGAAGAGGAAUGUACAAAUAAAUCGUGGGUGGAACCUAAGCCAAAAAAGGGGAUAGUCCGACUAUUUAUUCAAUGGGAAAAUUGUGAAAAUGAAAAGCGCGAAGAAGAUUCAAAUGAUAAAAAACGAUACCGUUUGUACAAAAGUAUCGCUGACCGUGAAGAUUUCGUUCACCGAAUCAAAAAGGAAAUUAUGCGCGAAGGACCAGUAGUUGCAUUCCUCUCAUCGUCUUACUCAUUCACAACCUACAGUAGUGGUAUUUUCCAGAGAAACGAGGCUCUAAAAAUCUUUGAUAAUCAGUAUUCUAUUAAUGAGGCUAAACGAUCAGUACUAAUCAUCGGUUGGGGGAAAAAUGAAGAAGGCGAAGAGUACUGGGUUUGCAAAGCUUCUAUUUUUAAUGGAUGGGGAGAAAACGGCAUCUUCCGUAUCUUACAAGGGAAUAAUGAAUUGGAGAUCGAAGAAACGAUUAUGUUUCCUGAAAUUCGUGAUCCUGAAACAUGGCAUUUGGAUGAAGAGAAGUUGAAAAUUAAUUUGAAAAUCUAA